UGAGCGACUGGGGCUACACUCGUUUUUUUGCUAAUUACGUUUCUACAUGACAGAUCCACAGACCGUCACAGAAAUAUAUAAGUGGGUGAUAGAAGAUGUCAUCACAAAACUUAUGCCAGAAUUUGAAAACUCUGGUAUACCUGAUAGCGUUAUUACUAUGAUCCAUCAAAUAUGGAAUGCAAAGAUGCGCGAUACGAUGGCGGUACAACAAAGUCAGGUACAGGCCCAGCUUCAUGGUUUGCAGUUGGAUCAAACAGUCGCAUCUGUGUUAUAUAAGAAGUCGCAUCUAGGCAACUUCAAUUGGUAUGACCCCGGGAAUAUGGCGCAUCUGCCAGGUCACUCCCAAUCGACGGGGUCCGUAAUAUCGAAAGCAAGCUCAACCAUGGUGAGGCCUGGCACAUUGCUGCAGCCUCCGAAUCCAGUCACCAAAAAGCAGGACUCCGCACAGAGCUUGCCAAUUAGAGAGGACCUGUUGCAGUAUACUGUGAACACCGUUCCUACCCAGCAGGAACUUCUACCCACGGGUUUUGCCCAGAAUGAAAAAAGCAACAGUUCGUUCCAGACUGCGCCAGCCGCACAUCCCUUGGACAAGGAAAUAACAACCCCAAUAGAGAGGACGCCAGCUGUUGCUAAAGACAGCAACAAUGUAAAUUCGAGCACUGGUGUUGCGGACCCCUCGAAAGUCCAGAAAAAUAAGUUGGAAGACUCCGAGGACUCUGAUGAGGAGGAGUACGACGAUCGUCGAGUGGACACAUCCUCGUGGGAAAAUCUGGCCUUUUGUUUGUUUGAAAAGUGUCGAAAGGUUAAGACGAAACGUAAGUUUCUUUUGAGCGGAGGGGUUAUGUAUUUGAACGGCCGUGAUUACCUGUUCCGAGCAGCCGAAGGGGAAUUCCAGUUACAACUAUGAAAUAACUGAUCAGCCUGCGGGCUCAAUCCCAUCUUCACGUUGCUAUGCGCCGCUAGUGACACCCGACAAGUCGGUAAAUUGAAUAUUUUUGUUAAUUAGACAUAAACUAAAUUUAGAGGCUG